CAAAUCCGCGCCUCUCACUUCCUCCGACCUCCUCCCACCCUUGUCACCACUCUCUCUUCUAAACUCAAAAUCAAACCCUAAUUCGCCGUCAGUUGUUCUCCUUAAUCUCACGACGAUACCGAAAGAGCAAUUUGCACGGUAAAUUGGAGUUAAUUUCCCACAAUUUCAUGUUUCUUUGAACUUUUAUGCGAAAAUUGGGGUUUUCUUCGGUUAAUAUUUGUGGAACUUGAUAAUCUCGGGAUUUUACAAUCUGGCUAUGGAUUACGAACCUUUCGAUAGCAGCGGAACUGAUGAUGAUCUUCCUCCGUCACAUCAAAAUAGAAUUCCAAGAGGUGGGCGUGUUGCAGGAAAUGGAAGAGCUGCAGUUAUGGGUUCUACCCAAUAUCCUAGGAUGUAUGCAGAAACUGAUAUGGAAGCCCAAAUUCACCACCUUGAGCAAGAAGCAUAUAGUUCAGUUUUAAGAGCCUUUAAAGCUCAAGCUGAUGCCAUCACUUGGGAGAAGGAAAGUCUAAUAACUGAACUCAGAAAAGAACUGAGAUUAUCAAAUGAAGAACACAGGGAGCUUUUGGGCAAAGUAAAUGCAGAUGAUGUUAUUCGUAGAAUAAGGGAGUGGAGACAGUCUGGUGGGAUUCAACCUGGGAUUCUUGGCACUGGGCAAGCUGUUCAUGAUCCAUCACCCAGUCCCUCUGUCUCAGCAUCUCGUAAGAAACAGAAGAUGAACCCAUCAGGAGCUUCACAAUCUUUUGGUGGACCACCUGCACCUUUUCAUCCACAACCAGUGUCUGCACCGAACCAGCCAUCUUCAUCAGCUGCUAGAAGAGCACCUCUGACAGGAACUAAGGGCAAAAACAAGAAAUCUGCCCAGAUGAUGGGUGGAGCAUCUUCAAUGAAAAUGCAGUAUCCUCCCUCAGGUCCAACCGCAAGAGGCCAGCUUGGUAAUCGUGUGACUUCUGGUGCACUUGCAAAUGAGUCUGCUGAGACAGCAUCAUACUCGGCGUUGAUUGGGAGAAAAGUGAGAACCAGGUGGCCUGACGACAACAAUUUCUAUGAAGCUGUUAUAACAGAUUAUAAUCCUGUUGAGGGUCGGCAUGCGUUAGUUUAUGAUAUAGGCACAGCAAAUGAGACUUGGGAGUGGGUCAAUCUUGCAGAGAUUUCUCCUGAGGAUAUACAAUGGGAAGGCGAAGACCCUGGAAUUCCUCACAAAGGGGGUUUCGGCCGAUCAGGUCACGGAAUGAAUAGACCUGUUGGGCGUGAUGGUGGUCCAGGUGCCGGAAGAGGUAGGGGGGUGACCAAAGGUCAAACGAGAAAGGAAUUUCCACCGUCACAGAAUGGCAUAGGAAAGAAGGGUCCAGAUGAUAUUCAGUUACUUCACACUGAUGCUCUAAUAAAGGAGGUGGAGAGGGUAUUUGGCUCUAGUCAUCCAGAUCCUCUUGAAAUAGAGAAAGCUAAGAAAGUGCUGAAGGAACAUGAACAAGCGCUUGCCGAUGCCAUUGCAAGGCUUGCUGAUAUAUCUGAUGGUGAAAGUGAUGAAGGUGGUCGGUUCUUGCGUGGCCAGCCAAUGGAUCGAGAAUGACGAACAGAUUCACAUAUGGGAGUUAGUGUAGCAGAUUCUAACGGCAGUGGCCUGAGAUGUGGAACCCGUGGAAGGCAAGAUAGGUUUGUGCCACGUAGACGUGUUUUUACAAAGAUGGGGGUGACACAUUGAAAAUGAAGGAUUCUAUAGAAGGGAAUUGUUGUAAAAUGGCAUAAUAUCUUCAGGUUACAAAAGUUACUGCUCAUAAUGUGUAGUGGUAAAUUGGUAAAAGUAGUCUUUGGGUUAUAAUUUAUGGGGUGGGAAAGGGGUAGUUUGGUUAUUUUUUAUGUUGGGUUGUAGAAAUUAAUGUGCAUUUUUUUUUUUUUUGUUGAUUUGAAAGGUUUCUAUGAGCAUGGGCUUGUGAUC